AUGAGCUUCAUCUUCUCAGAACUGCGACGCUCGGAACGGCUGCUCCCUGUGGAGGAUAACGCGUCGUUCCAGCGCAUCUCCUCAUGGCGACCACUUUUCGUGGACCCAAAGGAGCAUCCAGCCCUGUACGAACAUGUGUCGUUUUUUCGGAGUGACGCAGAGCAAAACUCGCGAUGGUUGCAUACCGUACGCUCUGCCCGUGUUUCCACACGACAGGUUCCUUUCAUUUCUCUGGCGGGGCCUGCUUCUUCUGUCAAGACGGCAAAGGCAACAACACAAUCUCCACCUGUCAGCAAUGGAGACGAGGACUCUGAUGACAAACUACCAUUGCACGUGUACCAAAACCGCGUGGAUGCAUUGUCACCAUACGAAUGCCUUAUGUGCCCAAAGCUUCUUUUUAGCCCGUUUCGACCCUCGUUUGCAACACGAAUGAUGCACAUUGCGUUAAACUUAUCUCUUCCUGCCCAAGAGGUUUUCUUGUUUGUCUCCAUGAUGCUUGUGUAUUUGGACGUGCUCAUGGCAGUUACUGUGCCUCAAGCGUUGGGCUUUCAGGAGCUUACUGAUGUGCUGGAACAAAAAUGUGUGCAACUUUUUGAAUCAUCUGCAACGAACGGUGAUGCUCCACAACGAAAUGCCUUUAGGACAGUAUUAAAUGCGGUGAUAGAAUUGUGGAAAGAGCGACGCGAGGCGACUGUAUCGGCGUUGUUUCCCUUGGGUACGCUCACAGCCUCAGUGUGUCUGCGUGACCUUGAUCAUAGGGCGUACCGUGCCUUCGUACCUUCGGCGCCGCGUGACGCAAAUCGGGAGGAUCAUCCGUUUAAACUCCCACCAUUAGCCGCCGAUGCACUUGUUUCUCACUUUGUUCCUACCUGGGAGCGCCUUCUGCAAGCCAUGUCUCACGAUGUGUCGGUUUUGGCUACACUACAUGAACAUCUUCUUCGCCAAGGAGUCGGCAUGACGCAUGCGCCUCAGCUUGUGAUUGGCAACAUUUUUGCGUCAAUGAGUGCUCUGCCACAAAGCAAAGAGGAACUAGCGGAUUUUGUAUGUCGCCUUGGUUCCUCUCUUUGGGCUUCCCCGGAUAUGGCGAAGAGCAUUGUGUUGUCCAAACCUCAGUUGCAGUUUGUCACGAAGGUAAUUCAACAUGAGUUCUUCGCGACAUCGUUGCGUCUGCGUCAGCGGGGUCUGCAGGAGCUGCGUGUGCGACGUGUCACCCUUGUGAAUCUCGCGCUGACGGUCAUUCAGGACGAUGGGCGGGAGGCAGAAGUAGGACGUCCUGCGGGAUUUCUUGUGGGGCGCACCGCGAUGGGUGACAAACCGAAGAGCGACAACACUUCCAAGGAUGGGACUAGUGAUUCCAAGAGUAAUAUGCCGCUGUGGCUGGUGGCAGAAGGCGGCGCUGAUGUUGUGCGGACGUUUUUGCAACAUCUUCUGCGGGGCCCGCGCCCGACGACGUCUGUUGCAGCUUUGCCGUCUUGCCCCAAUGAUGAUGGGCAUGGUGGUAUUGUAACGGACGUUUCAAACGGUGAUGCGAAGGGAACACCAAAGGUGGAAGAGCAACAAUUUGUGUUGCUGACUCGUGUGGAGGAAGGAGUUUUGUUCCGCAUUUUUCAAAGCCAUCCGGAUGCGCUGCAGCUUGCGGGGUGUGGUAUUAAACAGCUACUCGUGCGCAAGACGGAUGGCCAGCCGUUUCUGCAGCGAGUUUGUGGUGCGGUUCUAGCGUGGGACACCUGGGAAUGCUAUGAUUCACAACAAGCAUUGAAGUUGCGGCGGCCCACGCGGAUCAUCACUGCUGAGACUCCUUUUCCUCUACCAGAGGGCAUUACGCCGUCCCGGCUUACGCUGAAGGCGGUGCGGGGAAUGGUGCAACACUAUUGGAAGGCCCUUCUUGUUGCGCAAACGCGGGGGGAGGGCUCGCGGCGUCCGGCGGUGGCGAGUACGACACUGUUUCCGAUUGACAAGGUGGCCGCAUUCUACGUCUUGCGGCAUCAUCCGCAGUACUACACACGUAUGCGAGGCUGCGGCGUUGCGGAUGUCUGUGUGCAGCGGCAGCUUCGAUCUGCUGGCAGCGGUAGACAUACCCAUGCUGCGGAGUUUGAGGUGAUGAAGGAGGAGGGUCAAACCGUGACGGAUGACACUGGUGAAUAUGUUCCUACGCUUGCUGUGUCGCAUCCUUGCGGUGCCUUCACUGUCUUUGCGUACGAGGAUUGCUACAGCCCUGUUACCAACCGACUGAACCUACCACAACUGCUUGAAAACGACGCUGGUGCCGCAAGUGAUGCAAUGCUUUGCCCAACGCCGUUGUCCAGGAAAAGAACUCUCUCCAUGACGCGGGAGUGA